AAGCACCUAUAAAUAUGUAGAGGGGACGCAGAAGGGGUUAACAGAGUCGGUGUCUGUGACUCUGAGCUACUUGUAACUCACCGGCCAAGACAUGUUAAAAAAGAAGAGCACUGAAACCCGUAAGCCAAAACAGUAGAAAGAUCAGCAGAAAGAGAGAUUGAAGAUUGAAGAAGGUAGAGGGGAUGGAGUUGGGUUCUGUGUGGAUGGUCCUUGGGGCCUUGCUUGGAGGUCUGUUGGCUCUGAAAUGGGUGAGGAGCAGAGCAAACAGCUGGCUGUAUGAGAACCAGUUGGGGGAUUUGAAGUAUAGUCUUCCUCCAGGCGACAUGGGCUGGCCUCUCAUUGGAAAUAUGUGGUCUUUCCUCAGAGCUUUCAAGUCCAGUGAUCCUGACUCCUUCACUGCCGAUUUUGUCAAAAGAUUUGGGAACACUGGAAUUUACAAGGCUUUCAUGUUUGGAAGCCCAAGCAUCAUUGUAACAGCAGCUGAAACAAACAGAAGGGUCCUAAAUGAUGAUGAUGGGUUUAAGCCUGGUUGGCCUAGCUCAACCGUGAAGCUAAUUGGAGAGAAAUCAUUUAUUGGCAUUUCUUAUGAAGAACACAAGCGUCUCCGGCGAUUAACUGCAGCACCAGUCAAUGGUCAUGAAGCAUUGUCUGUCUAUUUGGAAUUUAUUGAAAAGAUUGUGAUAGAGGCACUAGACAGAUGGGCUGGCAUGGGGCAAAUCGAGUUCCUAACACAGCUCCGAAAUCUUACUUUCCGGAUAAUUAUGCACAUAUUUCUCAGCGAGGCGAGUGAACCAAUGAUGGAGGCUUUGGAGAAGGAAUAUACUACGCUUAAUUAUGGAGUUAGAGCCAUGUCAAUCAAUAUCCCGGGAUUUUCGUACCAUAAGGCACUCAAGGCUCGCAAAAAUCUGGUGGCUGUUUUUAAAUCUAUUGUGAAAGAACGAAGAGAACACAGGAAGCACAGUCCUGUGACAGGGAAGAGAAAAGACAUGAUGGAUGCUCUGCUGGAUGUUGCAGAUGAGAAUGGCAGAAAAUUGACUGAUGAGGAAAUAAUUGAUGUAAUGCUUAUGUACUUGAAUGCUGGCCAUGAAUCCUCUGGACAUAUUACCAUGUGGGCAACUGUUUUACUGCAAGAACACCCGGAAUUCCUCGAGAAAGCCAGGGCAGAGCAAGAGGAGAUAGAGAGGAACAGGCCAUCUAAUCAGGUGGGGAUGACACUGAGGGAAAUUCGGCAGAUGAAGUAUCUUUCUGAUGUUAUCGAUGAAACGCUUCGCCUGGUGUCUUUUUCAUUAAUGGUGUUCCGAGAGGCAAAAAAAGAUGUCAACGUAGGCGGUUAUAUAAUUCCUAAAGGCUGGAAAGUGCUGGCCUGGUUUAGAACCGUUCACAAUGAUCCCGAAACCUAUCCAGACCCAAAGAAAUUUGAUCCUUCCAGAUGGGAAGGUUUUACACCCAGACCUGGAGCAUUCCUUCCCUUUGGUGCAGGAAGCAGAUUGUGCCCCGGAAAUGAUCUUGCCAAGGUUGAAAUCUCAAUUUUUCUUCAUCAUUUCCUCCUCAAAUAUCGGCUUGAAAGGCUGAAUCCCAAGUGCCCAUUGAUGUAUCUUCCACAUACAAGGCCCACAGAUAAUUGCUUGGCGAAGAUCAAAAGACUCUAAAAUUCUCAACCAGGAUAGAGAGUCCUGCAAUACAUAACAAUUUAUUACUGGGUAUUUUAAGACCUUUAUUUUUUUUAUGUGCAAAAAAUAGGAAUUUAAGUUUCUGCAUCUUGUAGGAUGAGACUGCAAAUUAUGUUGCUUGUAAUAUAUGUGGGCUUUGCAGACUGCUAAUGAUCCUGUAAUGUAUGAGGGAAGAUCCAUGUUAGAACUGUGUUGCCUGAAAAUUAAGCCAAUCUUCACUUCUAUUUUUAACGAAUAACGCAUGAUUAUAUUCCAAUA